CGAUGGGUUAGAUGCUGAGUGAAGUUUGGUUCUUACCUCUUUUUGUAACAGGAAAGUUAAGAGAAGAGCAGACUGCCAAAAUGUCGGGAGGCAUAGGCGACAGUUCAGGAAAAGUCCUGACCCUCGACGAUCUCAUCGAGGCGAUGGACAAGCGGGAGAGAACGCCAAGUAAUGUCCCCAAACUUGACACCUUCCACUUCAAAGGAGAACGAGUGUCCGACUGGCUGGACUUGGUUGACCAAGCACUGGUGGGAUUGACGGAUACGGUAAAGUUCCAACGGAUCAUGAAGUAUGUACUUCAUGGGCACCAUCAGGAGGUGCAGAAGGUGGUCGACGACACCAAUGGCAAUUGGGCCAGGUUCAGGGAAGGGAUGCAAAGGAAACACAGGCUGGGCGACGGGCUGCUGACCACGAUGGAUUUAGAGGCCAUGAACAAAGAUGAUUUCACCACCAUUGUAACAUUCUUGCAGGAGUUCAAGAAAAGGGCGAGAAAAGUACAUGGGAUAUCAGAGGAGGCGCAGUGCGCCAUCUUCCUGGGGCUGCUCACCGCGUCAAAGGCCUCUGAGCUAACAAUCCAUGGGGGAGGAAACUCGAAACUCGAAACUCACCUGGGUGUGGAAGAAGGAAGCCUAGACCAGGUGGAGCAGCACCAGGUGCGUCUACAAAGGCAGAAAAGGAAAGAAAGGGAUGCUACAGCGUCUGGGACACCAGGAGUGAAAAAGAUUAUCACCGACGUACUAACAGAGUUAGACUCGGUAAUACAAAGGAAGGUGACAACGGCAAUUCAAGGAAAGGCCAAGGAGGUCGUGGUAGAGGAGGCUACCCAGGAAGGUUGGGAAGAAGAGGAGCCGGUACCUCCGCACCUCUCAAAGGCGCAACGCAAGCAGCGCAAUCUGGCACAAGGGGGGCAAGGUUCUGGGAAGGGUCAGGUGCCCCAAGCAGUGGUAGUUGCAUCCCCGAGUGCGUCGGCACCUUCGAGUAGUGCGGGCCCUUCGCAGGCACCGGUACCGCCAUUCGGGCAGUGGCCAUGGCCCGUAAUCAACACAUAUGUGCCUUGGGGAGGACCGGCGCCUUCUGAACCGGUAAUACCCUACGUUGGGCCCCAAACAAGUAUGCUGCCUCCAAGCUACCCCGCCGCCCAGAUUCAACCUGCGGUACCACCUCCCGCGCCUACACGGAGUUCACAGGGUAGUGCGGCGGCUGGUGGUAAUCAAAACCAAGGGAAUCAGGGGAAUGGAGGGAGAGGCGGUGGGAGAGGACGCGGCAGGAACGGUGGUGGCCGAGGACGUCAAUGGGGUAACCAAGGCUACCAGGGCCUGGGAAGUCAAGGCGCAGGCGCGAGCGGCGAGCCAACCUUUUUUAGGGGACGGCUCAAGCAGGGUUCCCAAAGGCGGUACAAGACGAUAGACAAAAAGCGCCGCCCAGUUCCCGUUCUUGUUACCGAAGAUGAGGAGGUGUACUAUGAACGGGAGCGAGCUUUGAUACGGCAAAUGAAAGGGAGUGCUUCGGAAGGGCCACGCCGUAUCAACGAGGGGAAUGAGGGGAAGCUGAUAGUAGAAGAACCUGACUUCCUACUGCCUCGGGAAAGGGCAUUGAUGGUGGAACUAAUGAAGAAAAGGCAUCGCGCCUAUGCUUUCAGUGAUGAGGAGCGCGGCAGGUUAGAUGUGGACAAGAUUCCGAUGAUCCGCAUCCAUACCGUGCCGCACGAGCCGUGGAAUUUAAGAGGGGCGCGAUAUCCUAAUCCUGACGAAGAAAAGAAGGUGGUGGAUUACCUCGAUGGUAAGAUAUGCACGCACGUCGCCGACUACUCAAGCGGACCCUACGCAUCCCCAUGGUUCUGUUUCAUCAAACCUAAUGGGACGCUGAGGUGGGUGCAGGACUUGCAAAGGCUGAAUGCGGUGACCGUGCAAGACGAAGGAGGGCUGCCGAAUGCAGAUGCGCUGUCAGAGUCGUGUGCUGGAAGGCCGAUAAUCUCACUUAUUGACCUUUACUCCGGAUAUUACCAGUUUCCGGUCUACCCGCCAGACCGACCAGUGACAGCCAUGCAUACGCCUCGAGGACUCAUCCAUAUGAAUGUGGCUCCACAAGGGUGGACGAAUGCUGUGGCGAUGGUCCAGAGGCACAUGAUUCGGGUCAUGCAGACAGUUAGCCCACAUAUUACGCAACCAUAUAUUGAUGACUUGGCGGUGAAAGGACCAAGAAGAAGGGAAGACGAUGAAGUCCUGCUAGGAGUAAGGCGCUUUGUCUGGAAGCAUGUUCAGGACCUUGACAAAGUCAUGGGCUUGCUUGAGGAGUAUAACCUUACGGCUAGUGGGGCCAAGUCAAAGCAUUGCAUGAGGGAAGCCACCAUCCUGGGAUUUGUCUGCAAUGAGAGUGGUCGGCGGCCAGACGUUAAGAAAACGGAUAAGAUAGUCGAAUGGCCGGUGCCCUUUCAAUCAAUAACAGAUGUUAGAAGUUUCCUUGGCACAUGUCGCUUCUGGCAGACCUUCGUCAAGAACUUUGCUGCCAAGACGGAGCAAUUGAGGAAGCUGGUUCGUCAGGAUCAGGAGUGGAUUUGGGGUGAGGACCAAAAGAAGGCUGUGGCAGGAAUGAAGGAGGAGUUUCGAGGAGGAUUGGUGUUGGGGGCGUCAGAUUAUGAUGCCACCGAGACAAGGCAGUUUAUUGUUCAGACAGAUGCAGGACCAAUUGCGUUGGGUGGAGUUCUAAUCCGAGCAGACAUUGAAGGAAAGGAGAGGCCACUGCGUUUUGAGAGUCGGACUCCAUGUACGACAGAGAGGAACUACUCCCAAUUCAAAAGGGAAACAGUCGUUGUCCUUCACUGCCUGCGGAUUUUUCGAAAUUACAUCUUUGGCAGAAGGUUCAUACUAAGGGUGGAUCCAACAGCUCCAGCGUUCUCCCUGAGGAACUAUGUUCCAUCCGAUCCUACAGUUGCCAGAUGGUUGACAUACAUAUGGAUGUUUAACUUUGAGUUGGAGCGAAUUCCAGGGAGUAAGAACAGAGCAGAUGGACUAAGCCACAUCAACUGGGACAAGCAGGAAGGGGAGGCUAUAGAAGAUACGCCCCCAGUUGAUGGCUUUUUGGACCAGGAAGAAGACAUCCGCCUCCACAUCAAUAAGUGGUCCCCGCGAGUGCCUAGCUGUGUUGGUCACCCCAUUUGGCAUGCGCCAAAGGGGUAUGAGCGAAAGGCUGAGUUGGUGCUCAAACCUUUUGAAGAAGAAGACCCCUGGGUAGUAAGGAUGUCCAAUGGAUGAUGAAGUUGGCGCUCGCAGGUAACCAUUGUCUGGUAGAUGAAGUAACAACGAUAGAGGAAGGUCCGGACCGGGUGAGGAGGCAUGAGGAACUGAUGGGAGGGAUGUACCUCCUCGUUAAUACGCUCCGUCAGGAAUCCUUUGACUUGGAAGGCUCGCUAAACCCGGCAGAGGGAAGAGAUACUGUACUGGAAAGCCAGGAUGACGAGUUUGAAGAAGGAGAGAUCAAAGAGGCAUUCCGUGCAAAGGAGUAUGAUGGGAUCUAUCUGGAGUAGGGACUUCUCCUAUCAUGCGAGAUGCGAGACAGG